AUGGAGCGGCUCGGCUCGGCUCGGCUCAGCGGCAAGGUGAACCUGCGGAAGCACCACCAGGGCAGCGGGGAGCGCGUAGCCGACAAAACCCUCGCGGCUGCGGCCGCGGGGAAGCAGGGGUGCGGGGGUGGCAGGCGGGAGCCGGCGGAGGCAGGGCCAGGCGCGGCGAGGGUGGGCGCGGAGUUGGCGGCGGGGCCGGGGGCAGUCGGCGGUUCUCUCCAGCGGAGUUUGCUCUGGACGCGGGUCGGGAGGUCUCGCUGCGGGGAGCGGAGCCAGCGCCAGAGGGAAACGCCUGCCACCGGAGAAGGGGCUGCCCAGCGUGGGCAGUGCCCCGGCGGAAGCCGCCGCCCGCCUCUCCGCGCCGCCCAGAGCCGAAGGAGCCCGGAGGGGAAAGUUGCGUGCGGGACCGGGCCGGGCGCGAUGCCGGGGCGCGGCGCGCUGUGCCUGGGGCUGCUGCUGCACGUCCUGCUGGGCUGCAGCUCGGUGCAGCAGCCCGGCGGCUGCCCGGCCGCUUGCGAGUGCUCGGAGGCAGCCAAGACGGUGAAGUGCGUGAACAGGAACCUGACAGCGGUGCCGCCCAACCUGCCGUCCUACGUGCGCAACCUCUUCAUCACCGGCAACCGCCUGGCCCGCCUGCCGCCCGGCGCCUUCCCUGCCCAGCGCCUGCCCGACCUGAGCGCCCUCAACCUCAGCGGCAACCACCUGCGGGCCGUGGAGGCCGGCGCCCUCGCCGCCCUGCCCGCCCUGCGACAGCUGGACCUCAGCGGCAACCCCUUGGUGUCCCUCAGCCCGCAGGCCUUCGGGGAGGACGGCAGCCCACUGGAGGAGCUGGCCCUCCGGGGAGCCCUGCGCGACCACGGUGUCCUCCUCAGCGUGGCUGCCAUGCUGCAGUCUGGGGUCCUGCGCAACCUCAGCCACCUGGAGCUGGCUGACAACGGGCUGCUGUUGCUGCCCUCCGGCAUGUUUGCCACUCUGCUCGCGCUGCGGCAGCUGGACCUUGGCAACAGUUCUCUGGUGGGCCUGCAAAACGUCUCCUUCCAGGGGCUGGGCCAGCUGCAGAGCCUCAACCUCAGCGACAGCUCCCUGGGUGUGCUGAGGAACCGCAGCUUGGCCCAGGUCCACGGUCUGCCUGCUCUCCGGCGUGUUGGCCUGGGCCGCAACACAUGGGUCUGCGACUGCACCGUCGAGGACCUGGUGGCCUGGCUCAAGGAGAGUGAUCAAGGGGAGGGCAAAGAAGCCCUGACCUGUGCCCACCCUGACAAGGUGUUGGGCAAAACUUUGCUGAAGAUCAAUGGCUCGGACCUUAACUGCUCCGAGCCCAUAGACUUGCCUUCCCAGCUACAGACUUCUUAUGUCUUCCUAGGGAUAGUCUUGGCUCUCAUCGGGGCCAUUUUCCUCCUGGUUUUGUACUUGAACCGGAAAGGAAUCAAAAAGUGGAUGCACAACAUCAGAGAUGCCUGUAGGGAUCACAUGGAGGGCUACCACUACAGAUACGAGAUCAAUGCAGACCCCAGGUUAACAAACCUCAGCUCCAACUCCGACGUCUGACGAAGCGCCGCGGAGCCGGCGCAGCGCACAGUAGCUAUGCAUGAAAAGUAGACUUAAUGCUUUAUCCUCGUGCUUGCUUCCCCCUCUUGGAGCAACCUCGGACGUGUGUAUAACUUGAGGGGGGAUAUGCCUCCCUGUGAUGUCAAGUUCAUUUUUGUUUUGAGUCGCUGGGCAGCUGCACAUGGUGUAGGAAACAAGCUGCUGCUGCUUUUCCUCCCUGCCCUCAAGUCUGAACUUGUGAGAAUAUUUUUUUUCCAAGAUCUCAGUGGGAGCAACAACAAAAAUACAAACCACAAACUCUUCUCUCUGAUGCUCCAAAGCCAGCAGAGUUUAUAUGUUAUACAAAAAAACCCAAUAUUACCAAUGCACACACCAUUCAACAAAA